AUGGCCAAGGGAAACUUUGAACUUCUGGCGCUGGAGAACCCUCUCCUUGACAUCCAGGGUGUCGGCGACGAGAAGCUGCUUGAGAAGUACGGCCUCAAGGCUAACGAUGCCAUCCUCGCCGAGGAGAAGCAUCUUGGCCUCUUCGAGGACCUGAUCCAGAACUACAACGCCGUGCUCAUCGCCGGUGGAGCUGCCCAGAACUCUGCCCGCGGCGCACAGUACAUCCUCCCCGAGGACUCGACCGUCUACAUUGGCUGCGUCGGCAAGGACAAGUACGGCCAGACGCUUGAGGAUAUCAACAAGAAGGCUGGUGUCAAGACCGUCUACCGCUACGAUGAGAAGGCCCCUACCGGCCGCUGCGGUGUCGUCAUCACCGGCCAGAACCGCUCGCUGUGCACCGAUCUUGCUGCCGCCAACCUGUACAACGUUGAACACUUGAAGCAGCCCGAGGUCUGGAAGUACGUCGAGGGUGCCAAGUUCUUCUACGUCGGUGGCUACCACCUGACUGUCUCCGUGCCUGCCAUUUUGGCCAUUGCCGAGCACGCUGCUGCCAACAACAAGACUUUCGUCCUCAACCUCUCCGCUCCCUUCAUCUCGCAAUUCUUCAAGGACCAGCUGGACUCUGUCAUCCCCUACGUUGACAUCCUCAUUGGAAACGAGUCCGAGGCUGCCGCAUACGCCGAGUCCCACGACAUCGCAUCAAAGGACGUCAAGGAGAUUGCUAAGGAGAUUGCCAAGCUCCCUAAGAAGAACUCCAAGAAGGAGCGCACUGUCGUCUUCACCCAGGGCACUGACGCCACCAUCACCGUCACUGGCUCCGAGGCCGCUGAAUACCCCGUCCACGCCAUCAGCUCGGACAAGAUCAACGACACCAACGGUGCCGGUGACGCUUUCGCCGGCGGUUUCCUCGCCGGUAUUGUCGCAGGCGACAACCUCAAGGCCGCCGUCGACAAGGGCCAGUGGUUGGCCAAGCUGAGCAUCCAAGAGCUGGGCCCAUCGUACCCGGAGCCUAGGCAGACCUACACGUCCAGCUGA